AUGGAAAGGAAUUAUAGAAGUUUUUUGCCUAUUAGCAAUGUGUCACAGUACGAUUACAGUAGCGAUGACGAGUUCAGGAGCAGAGUGUCUCUGGAAUUGUGCCUGCCUGAAAAUCGUGAUGCUGCCAUGAAAUUACUCGCUGAUGACGACCGAAGCAGUUGCUUUAGGGUUUCCGUUAAGGGAUACGACACUUCGCUUGCUGAUGAUGAAAUCAAGCUUGCGUUGUUGAAACAUUUCUCUGUGUUAUGUGGAGGAGUCUUUGACGUUGUGGUUCCUGUAACAAAUCUUGUCGACAGAUGUGCUUUCGUGUAUCUUCUGACAGAAGACGCAGAAAAGCGUGCGUUGGCACUUGAUGGAAGUGAUGUGGGAGGAUGGAAAGCAAUUGUUCGGUCUUCACAGAGACAAAGAGAGUGUUUGCUUGAUCCUCAACAAGCUGAUAUUCUGAGAGCCGUUUACUAUCACAAACAAUGUAGCACUGCCAUUUGGGUUGAGGGAUAUGACAUUUGCCUUCCUGAGGAUGAAGUGAAGAAUGCAUUGAUUAAACAUUUCUGUUCAUGUGGAGUGAUCACAGAUUUGUCUAUUUGCCGAGACCCGCUGACUAAAACUCUCACUAGCAUGGCUUUUUUGUAUUUUUACGGACAAGAGGAAGUAGAGAAAGCAUUGGCACUUAACGGAAGCGACGUGGGAGGAUGGACUGUUGUUGUUAAGCCUAUACCCGGUUUGGAAAGAGGCCCUGAUCCCUGCAAUCUUCUUCAUAUCUAA